AAUUAAUGGCUGCUGUCGGCUGAAACUAGCUUUCGUAGUAAAAUUGGUAACAUGUAAAAUUCGUUCAAAUCUAAACUGUAUGACCUGCAAAACACAGCCGUUUGAAGAUUUUUAAUUUGUUCAACGCCACAUGGUUUUGUUUUGCUGCUAGCCUCAAAAUGUCGACCAUAGGCAUUCAGCAACUGUUCCGUGAAGAAAGGUUUCCAACUGGAUGGCGACUGAUACCUCUUCUUUUGUACUCCCCAUUUGGUUUACUUUUGGCUUUUCUUCGUUCAUUCAUUGGUUUUCAAGUUUUAUUGGCUGCAGCCUUUGUUCCCCAUGUGUCAUUCAUUAAAAGUAUGAUUCUGAAAACAUUGUGCUUCACUCUUGGCAUUGUUGUAAGAGAAGAAUGUGAAGAAAAAUGUGAUGAAUCAGCUCAAGUUAUUGUUGCCAAUCACAUUUCAAUGCUAGAUUAUAUUCCCAUUCACCUGUUGAGUGGAUGUGUCACUCCGGGUAGGUGGGAUGCUCCUUCUGCAUGGGUACUCAGCUUGAAGAGUUGGAGUCAUGGAGAAGUACUUCUGGCCAAUAUUAGAUACCAUCUGAAUAGUUCUGACACUCCAGUCUUGGUUCAGCCUGAAGGAGCGACAACAACAGGCACCACGGGGUUAUUGAAAUUCGAAACUUGGCCUCUGGAAACCACUUCCAAAAUUCAACCUGCUAGUAUUAGAGUUUGGCGUCCAGCUAUUGCUGAUAUUGCUGUCACUGUGGUCGCAGCAUCAGAACUCUGGGAUAUUUUUUACUAUCUGUUUGUCCCUUUCACCGUAUUUACUGUGAGGUACUUAAAUGUUGUUGAACUGGACAAAAAUGAAACUCAUGCACAGUGUAUGGAACGAAUAGAAACUGCUAUUGCCCAAGACCUUGAAAUUAAAACAACCAAAUUCACAUCAAGAGAUAAAAUGGAAUAUGAGAAACGAUACUUAGCUGAACUUUAUAGACCUGUUGCCAUAGCUAAUGGUGACAGCCUUAGAUUGCAACCAACUGGUCAGCAAAUGCUCCGAAUGUCCAAUCAAGUUAAGGAAGUUUUGCCUAAUGUCCCUCUUGAUGCCAUUAGAAGAGACUUAGCAAGAACAUGGGAUGUUGACUUAACAAUAACUAAUAUUUUGGAGGGUCUGGUGCCCUUCAUACCAGAGGGACAAGGUCCUUCUGUGCCGUCACGCUCUCAAAGGACCCCUACAGAUCAGGCAUCUGCCACAACUGUAGCUUCAUCUAGAAUCAAGCCUGUGCAAGGAGCUGCCUUAACAUUUCAAGAACGCAAAGCUAAAAUGAUAGAGGAUGCACGGAAAAAGUAUAUUGAGAAACAUGGCCUUGAAACAAUUAAUACAUCAAUGACUGACUCUGCAUCUACUUCAGGGUCAAGGUCCUAAAUCAGCUUAUGUCAGAUUUCAUCAAAUUACUUUGACUGAUUUGUUCAAACAGAAUAUUUAUGUUUGAAUAGAUGUUACUGGUUUUGUAUUGUUACUUUCAUUGAAUGGUUUGUGAGGCCAGCCUCAAGAUCUUGUUGAGAUAGUGUAUAUUAAAAUUUUGUUAUUCGAUCUCAGUGUUUGCUUUGAUCCUCAAUGGUAAUGUCUUGUAUUGCCUCACAAUGAGGCCACAAUAUUGAACUGUUCAUCUUCUUCAAUAUGAAAUUAUGCAUCUGAUAUUUGCAUUUCUCUUCCAGUUUUAAUAUUAGGUAACAAAAUGAAUGCAUGAAAUUGAUGCCAAUUUUUCGUUUUUUAGUUUUUAUGGCUUUAUUGAGCAAUUUGAUUGUUUUCAUGUUAUACAUUUCAAGUAUUUACAAUUGUUUGUUCAUGAUCACAUUAUCUUAUGAUAGGCAAUUGGAGCAAUAAGUUCUUAAGUAGGCUGUACUGAAGGGAAGAAAUUUUAUGCAAGAGAAAAAACAAUAAAAUUAAGGAGCAAUCUAUUUA